GAUAGCUCGGCGGGACGCCUGGUGGACACGGGGUCCCGCUGGCCGAGACCAGCCCCCAGCGGCCGUCUGGUGCGGUCGGCCGGCUGUUUAUCCGACCGGCCGGCGCCGAGACGGCGGUCACUGGUCAGUGGUGACGCGUGGGUCAGCGGCGCAGGAGUGCGGCACGGCGCCAUGCUCACUCCCAGCCAGCUGCGUCAGUUUGAGGAGGAUGGCUACCUCGUGCUGCCCGAGUUCCUUUCCAACCAGGAGGUCGCGUCCCUGGAGGCGGCGCGGGCGCGGAUAGUGGACGGCCUGGACCCGGCGGAGCACCGGAUUAGCAUCUUCACUACGCUGGAGGACCGUCAGGUAGACCUUCGAGCCAAGGAUGAUUACUUCCUGGAGAGUGGCGACAAGGUGCGGUUCUUUUGGGAGGAGGGCGCGUUCAACUCGGCCGGGGAGCUGACUGUAGACCGGUCGCUGGCCAUCAACAAGAUCGGCCACGCGCUGCACUGGCUGGUGCCCGAGUUCCGGGCCGUCACGUUCAGCGACAAGGUGCGCGCGCUGUGCCGCUCGCUGCGCUUCUCGGCGCCGGCCGUGGCGCAGUCGAUGUACAUCUUCAAGCAGCCGGGCAUCGGCGGCGAGGUGACACCCCACCAGGACGCCACGUUCCUCUACACGGAGCCGCCGUCGGCCAUCGCCGGCCUCUGGAUGGCCCUGGAGGACGCAGACGUCGAGAACGGCUGUCUGUGGUUCGCGCCCGGCUCGCACAAAGGUCCCGUCACGCGCCGGUUCGUGAGGAACCCCGACCCGGCCGGGCCGCGGCUGUUGUUCCGCGGCCAGCAGCAGGAGGUCGACCCGGAGGCGUUCGUGCCGGUGCCGGUGAAGAGGGGCGGCUGUGUGCUCAUCAGCGGCCUGGUGCAGCACCGCAGCAGCGCCAACACGUCGGCCCGCUCGCGGCACAUCUACACGUUCCACGUGGUGGAAACGGACGGAGCUGAGUACUCGGAGGAGAACUGGCUGCAGCCCACCGCUCAGCUGCCGUUCCCAAAACUAUAAACGUGAGCCGACACCAGCCCUUUGAGCAGCCAAAACACCGUGGUCCGUGCCGUGUACAAUGGAUUAUCUAUAAGUGAAACAAAUAAACCACGCGUCUGAAUCCGA